GUCGUCUUUGACUCGGUGGAAUAGAAAAAAAAAAAAAAAUAGAUAUUUUUAUAGAUUUUUUUGUGAAGAAUUUUUUUUCUCUUCCUCCUCAUUUCGUUUAGAAAAAAAAAAUAGCUCAUUUACCAUGGCCCUUAGACUCUUAACUUCUCGCGUCGCUGUCCGUGCUUAUAUGCCCGUUGUCCGCAAGUCCGCUACUUGGGCCGUCUAUCGUGGUUAUGCCACCAAGAAAUAUACCAGUGACCAUGAAUGGAUCUCUGUUGAUAACGGUGUUGGUACUUUCGGUAUCACUGAUUACGCUCAAAAGGCUUUGGGUGAUGUUGUCUUUGUUGAGACUCCCGCCGUCGGUGAUGUCGUUGCUGCUGAAGAUCAAGUUGGUGCUAUUGAAUCUGUCAAGGCUGCCAGUGAUAUUUAUUCCCCUGUCUCUGGUGAAGUUGUCAAUGUUAAUGAAGCUUUAUCUGACGAACCUUCUUUAAUCAACACCAGCCCUGAAGACGAAGGUUGGUUGGCCAAGAUCAAGAUGAGCAACACCGCUGAACUUGAUAACUUGAUGGAUGAGAAGGCAUAUGCUGCUCAUUGCGAUGCCGCUGAAGAGCAUUAGAUUGUGUGUGCACCUGCGUUUACGUGUUGUGUGUUAUGUGUAUAAAUAAUAAUAAAAAAAUAUAUUUCUCUUAGAUACCGCUUCUCUUUGUGGUUUAA